CGCUGGCAAUGCGCAGGCGCCAGAAGGAGGCAGGGAGGCAAGAUGGCGCGGUUGUGUGAGGGCUUCACGUUGUGCGGUUUAUCGAGGGCUGCCGCCGUGCGCGGUGUGGAGCCCGCUGGGCCGGACCGUGUUGUUGUCACUCGUGAAGAUCGGACCGUCACCGUCUACAAGGUAUCAGACCAAAAGCCGCUCGGAAGUUGGACGGUCAAGCAAACCCAAAAAAUCUCAUGCCCUGCUGUUUAUAACAGCCAAACUGGAGAAUUUGUUGUUGUGCAAGAUCAUAAGGUUUUAAGGAUUUGGAAUGAUGAAGAUGUCAAUCUGGAAAAAACAUUUAAAGCAACACUAGAAAGCAAGAUUUACCAAAUACACACUCUACCUGACAUUGAACCUCUGGUAAUUUUUGAAAGGGGAAGUGUGAGACAACUUGAUGUCCUUCUGUCAGCUCCACAGCAAGAUCUGGAAAGUGUCUUAUCAAAAGAUGAAGUCAUCAGGUGGAGUGACGUUUUACUGGAAGCUGGAAGCCCUGUGGUCGUCUUUGUCACCGAACAGAGUGGAAUGUACCAUCUGUAUGCAGAGAAAGUAAACCACAAUGUACGGCAAAAGUUUAAACUGGAUUCAGAAGAGAAUGGCUGUCCUUUGAGUUUUGUGCUUUCCAAUAAACAAGAGAGUAUCAUCCUUUUGUGUUUAUAUUCCAAUGGCUGUAUCUACAAAAUGCCUUUGUCAUUAAACAAUUCAGAUGGUCAAGAGCAGGUUCUACCUCAGUCAUUACUGCUGCAGCUGCCAAAUUGUGAGAAAUCAUUCGACCAUGCUGCUGUAGUUGUCCUGGAUGAGACUCAUAUCGCUGUGUUAGGAGCUCCACAUUUACAUCAGUGUGCCAUCACAGAUUCUUUGAGUAUCUGGAAUACAAAGUUUCAGACACUCCAGGGAUGGAAGGAAUUCCCAGAUGGAAGCUGUGGCCAGUUAUGGUGUUGUUAUGGGAAGCUCUUUGUACCUCAUGGAAAGGUGCUGACUGUGAUUCCAUUUACCUGCAAUACAUCUUCCCUAGCAGCUGUCCUUGGCAAACUCAAACAGCCAGAUGCAGCAGUAAAAGCUAUUUCCAAUGUUGUAAGCUGGAAUACACUGCUUCACAAUGAACAGUCUGCUGAGCUGGAACAAACUUUUUCACUCACCCCUGCUGAACGAAAACGCAUGAGAAAUCUGAGAAACAGAAAAAGUCAAGUUGCAAGUCCUCCAUCACAACUCAUCUCUCUGGAACAAUUUCUCAGUGUGAUUCAGACUAGUACAAAAGAAGAAAUAGAUGAACGACUAAAGAUAUUGUUAAGAAACAUGAAGGCCUCCAAUGCUCAGCUAAUUAUUGCACAGAUUGCUACAAUCCUUGUAAGCAGGUGUAAGACGCAGGUGAAGUUCUACCCCCAGAAAGCACUAAUGAACAUUUUAAAGACACAGAUGCUAUCUUACAGCUUGUGCCCAGAUUUGAUGGGAGUUGCAUUGCAAGAAGCCGACUAUUCCCUGUUGCAGUUCUGCCUUCAACACUUCCCUGACAUCCCUGAGGCUGUUACAUGUGCCUGUUUGAAGCUUUUCCUCAGUGCCAAUGAUUCUGAUCUGGAAAAUAUCCCUGUGGAUUUAGGCUGUGUGGCCUCUUAUAUUGAAUCGGGCCAGAAUCCUUCAAAAGCAGAAGAGAAAAUGGUGAUUGUAGAGAAUGGCUUCAGUCCACUUCUGGAAGAGGACAGCUGUGAUGGAAAACAAACCCAUGAUCCUUUGCAGACUAAUGUAAAACCCAAAUGUCCAGUAGGCCUUAAAAGGGCAGCUUUGCUAAAUGAAAUUCUGCUGUCCAGGUACAGUGAAUCCUUCCUUUUACCUCUCCUCAAAGAUCUCUCUCUUCCUCAAGUGAUGGUGAGUAUAGUUCUUCAAAGUAUGCAAUACGUUGUAAAUGUCAUACUGUUCAAUUGGAUAUUUCAAUAAUUAUAUAAAUCAGUGCAG